CUUUUCCUUUUUGAAAAUUCAACGUCAAGGUCUAUGGUGAAUACAAAGAAUAUUCAAACUUUGAAAAUGGAACACACCAAAAUCUCAAAACUUGCUACUAUAAAUCCACCUCAAGCUACCAUAGGAGAAUGUAGCAGGACAGGGACAGAGGUUGAAGUCUUUAACAAACCUCACAUCCUCUUCCUUCUCUUCUUCACCAUCACCCAAAAACACCUCCAUACCAACUCACUCCUCACAACCCUCAAAAUCUCUUCAACAAUAAUUCACCAUCUCCCACAUCACAACUAUACCCAACAUGUUGUCAUUAGCAUUCCAAAAUCGGAAGAGCGCAGCAGCAGUGCUGUCUACGGCUGCUUCUCUAGCUGCUUCAGCCAUGCUCAUUCGCAGCAUCGCCAACGACCUCCUGCCCGACGAAGUCCACGACUACUUCUCCUCCACCCUCCACAACCUCUCCCGCUACUUCUCCUCCCAACUCACCAUCGUCAUCGACGAAUUCCAAGGCCUCUCUAUGAAUAAACUCUUUGAGGCUGCUGAUGUCUACCUUGGCACCAGAAUGACCCCCUCAGUCAGAAAAAUUAGAGUGGUUAAGGGGGAUGAGGAGAAGAAACUGGCUGUCACCAUGGAUAGGAACGAAGAAAUUGUCGAUGUUUUUGAGAAUGUUAGAGUGAAGUGGACGAUGGUUUGCAGACAAGGCCAGGCAUUAGGCCGUGGAAACAGCCGAAACAGGGGAGAGACUCCGAGGUUGGAGGUUAGAUCAUAUGAGCUGAGUUUCAACAAGAACUAUAGAGAUGUAGUGUUGGAUUCUUACCUGCCAUACAUUUUGGAGAGAUCCAGGGCCAUCAAAGAAGAAAACAAGGUGGUGAAGCUCCACACAGUGAACUAUUCCAACUGGGAUUUGGGUUCGAUUCUUCUGGAUCACCCCAUGACCUUCCAGACUCUGGCCAUGGAUUCAGAGCUGAAGAAGGAACUGGUGGAGGACCUGGACAACUUCAUCAAUGGAAAGGACUACUACAGAAGAAUUGGGAAAGCUUGGAAGCGAGGGUACUUGCUGUAUGGCCCUCCAGGGACCGGAAAAUCAAGGUUGAUUGCAGCCAUGGCGAAUCACCUCAACUAUGACAUCUACGACUUGGACCUCACAAAUGUGAAUUCCAACUCCGAUCUCAGGGCCCUCCUUCUUGCCAUGUCUAGUAAAUCGAUACUGGUCAUCGAGGACAUUGACUGUAUGAUCAAGUUACAAAACCGAGAAUCUGAAGAACGAUGGCAGCCACAUAAAAAUCAGGUGACCCUCUCGGGUUUGCUCAACUUCAUCGAUGGGAUUUGGUCAUGCUGCGGCGAUCAGGGACGAAUCAUCGUCUUCAGCACGAACCACAGGGACCGGCUCGACCCAGCUCUGCUGAGGCCUGGCCGGAUGGACAUGCAUAUUCACAUGUCAUACUGCACCAUUUCUGCAUUCAAGCAGCUUGCCUUGAACUACCUGGGGGUCUGGCAGCAUCCUCUCUUUGACCAAGUUGAGGGCCUGAUGGGGGAGGUGAAGGUCACUCCUGCAGAGGUCGCCGGUGAGCUGAUAAAGAGUAAAGAUCCCGAUGUCUCCCUUCAGGGCCUCCUCGGCUUUCUUCACAGCAAAAAUGAAGCAAAACCCCAGAAGGAAAUGGAAGCAGAAGACAGAUCAGAUUGAGGAUUGAUGUAAAUAUGUUUGUAGGAACAGAGAGGCAUGAUCACUUGAUAUUGGUUUGUGGGUGAAAAUUCUACAAUGUAAUAUUCAAGAAAAGUAUUCAAAAAGAUUGAAUCAUAGUUUCAUGCUUCCAUUAACCCCAAAAGAAGAGCUGUUUCUUGGAUUAAAUAUACUUUAUUCCCUUUAAUAUUUCGAUC